AUGGCGGACGAGGAAGUAGUUAUUUUACCAAAGAAACAUAAGAAAAAGGAGCGGAAGUCUUUACAAGAAGAUGAUGUAACUGAAAUACAACAUGCUGAAGAAUUUCUUAUCAAACCAGAAUCCAAAGUGGCUCAGUUGGAUACAUCUCAGUGGCCCUUGUUGCUAAAGAAUUUCGAUAAGCUAAAUGUAAGGACAACAUACUAUACACCUCUUCCUUGUGGUUCAAAUCCUCUGAAGAGGGAGAUUGGGGACUAUAUCAGGACAGGUUUUAUUAAUCUUGACAAGCCCUCUAACCCCUCUUUCCACGAGGUGGUAGCCUGGAUCCGACGAAUACUUCGGGUAGAGAAGACAGGACACAGUGGUACCUUGGAUCCAAAGGUGACUGGCUGUUUAAUCAUGUGCAUAGAACGUGCAACACGUUUGGUGAAAUCACAACAGAGUGCAGGCCUAGAAACUCUGACAGGUGCCCUGUUCCAGCGACCCCCACUUACUGCUGCAGUAAAGAGGCAACUCCAAGUGAGGACUAUGUAUGAGAGCAAAAUGAUUGAAUAUGAUCCUGAAAGAAGACUAGGAAUCUUUUGGGUGAGUUGUGAGGCUGGCACCUACAUUCGGACACUGUGUGUACACCUUGGCUUGUUGUUGGGAGUUGGCGGUCAGAUGCAGGAACUUCGGAGGGUUCGUUCUGGAGUCAUGAGUGAAAAGGACCAUAUGGUGACAAUGCAUGAUGUGCUUGAUGCUCAGUGGCUAUAUGAUAACCACAAGGAUAAGAGUUACCUGUGGCGAGUUGUUUACCCUUUGGAAAAGCUGUUGACAUCCCAUAAACGAUUGGUUAUGAAAGAUAGUGCAGUAAAUGCAAUCUGCUAUGGGGCCAAGAUUAUGCUGCCAAGUGUUCUCCGAUAUGAAGAUGGCAUUGAGGUCAACCAGGAGAUUGUGGUCAUCACUACCAAGGGGGAAGCAAUCUGCAUGGCUAUUGCGUUGAUGACAACAACAGUGAUCUCUACCUGUGACCAUGGUAUAGUAGCAAAGAUCAAGAGAGUGAUUAUGGAGAGAGACACCUACCCUCGGAAGUGGGGUUUGGGUCCAAAGGCAAGUCAGAAGAAGCUAAUGAUCAAGCAAGGUCUUCUGGACAAGCAUGGCAAACCCACAGAUAACACUCCUGCCACCUGGAAGCAGGAGUACACUGACUACAGUGAUUCUGGGAAAAGAGAGGUGGUUGCUAAAGUAUUAAAAACCACACCUUUAGUUACUGAAGUGGUAAAAGCCCCACAGGUAGUUUCUGACGCUGUAAAAGUCCCAAAGCGGAAGCGAGAGAGUGAGAGUGAAAGUGAUGAGAACCCUCCAGCAGCUCCCCAGUUGAUCAAGAAGGAAAAGAAGAAGAAUAAGAAAGACAAAAAGGCCAAAGCUGCAUUAGAGCAUGGGGACGAGCCUGGAGAUGGGGACAGUGACACCACAAAGAAGAAGAAGAAGAAGAAAGCAAAAGUGGUGGAAGUGAUGUCUGAGUAGUGAGGGUGACAUUAAGCCUUGUGCCCAGGUGGUGGGAGAGAUGAAAGCCUUAUUGAGAAAACAGUUUCUUUUGUUUUGAGGGAGUAGAACAAAGGUUCUGGACAGGGUGGAGAGUUCUGGCACAUUUUAGCUGCUACUUAAAACCUCAGUGAUACUACUUGUUGUGGUCAUCCCAUCUUGUCCUGUUUUAAGGAUGUGGGUGGAUAAAAAAAAAAAAAAAGGCAGAUUGUAUGCCAUUGACUUCUAU